AUGCUUUCCCCGGACAGGUUUAAUUUGAAAUUAUACAAUACUUUGCGAGGUCAUCAAAAUAAAAUUGCCCAAAUACGGUGGAAUUCGAAUUCUAGACAUAUCUUGUCGGCGAGUCAGGAUGGCUAUAUGAUUAUUUGGGAUACGGUUAGUGGGUUUAAGAAGCAUGCUAUAUCGUUAGAGAACCAAUGGGUUCUAGCGUGCGCUAUUGCCCCUAAUGGAGAAAGUGUUGCAUCUGGGGGUUUGGACAAUACUUUGACAGUGUACAAUAUAAAACCCCGAAAUUAUCAAUAUGGGGUGCAAGAUCAAUACCAAACAUCAAUCAAAUCGUUAUUCAAGGGCCACAAGGCCUACAUCUCUGAUUGCGAUUAUAUUAGCAAUGAGAAGCUCAUCACUUCCAGUGGUGACAUGACGUGCAUAAUGUGGGACAUUAAUAAGGGAGGAAAAGUAAGAGAUUUCGUGGAUCAUAUUGGCGACGUGUUAGUGUUAGCCAAAUUCUCUGAUAGUCAAGGCCAUCCCGAAUCACCUAUAUUUGUCUCUGGAAGUUCAGAUGGGUAUGCCAAAAUAUGGGAUCUUAGGUGCCAGUUUGCGGUGCAAAGUUUCCCAGUAUCAAACAGCGAUAUUAACUGCAUUAAGGUAUUCCCAGAUAACCAUUCGUUCAUGACAGGCUCAGAUGACGGGAUUAUACGACUUUUUGACAUGAGAUCUGAUUGCGAGUUGAGCAAUUAUUCUUUGUCGGCCAACCUUCAUAAACUAGAUCUCAGUAAUUUGCGUCCACCGGUCAGUGGAUCGUAUUCAGGAAGCCCAAUUGAUCAAAUAAGUAGAGUUGAUUCAACUAGCUCCAGUUAUGAUACUCCUGGGGUAGUGUCGCUAGAUUUUAGCAGAUCGGGCAGGUUAUUAUAUAGCUGCUACUCGGACUAUGGUUGUAUCAUAUGGGACACUCUAAAGGGUAAUAUUGUUGGUGCCUUGGGAAUGGCUGGCCAUUUAAAUAAAGUUAAUCAAGUGAGUUCGAGUCCUGAUGGUCUAAUUAUCUGUACAGCGUCAUGGGAUCAGACCAUAAAGGUUUGGUCCGUGUAG